UGAGCUGGCAGCGGCGGAGCGCUUGUCUUUGUAGAGAGACCACAGAGCGGGAGAGGCGCUGCGAGCAGCAUCUCUUCUAGCGUGGGUACUUUUAAAGGAAUCCCAAUGAAGUGCUCGUAGGAGAACGCACUGAUCCUGCCUGCAGUCUUUUUCGCAGGGCAGGAGAAAUCAGAUCAGUGUCAAGUGAAGAUCACAUUUUUUUUCCGAUGUGAGAUCUUGACUCUCCUUCCUUCCCCUUUUUUUCUUACAGUAUAUUUUUAUAGACUUUGUAAUUACAGAAAAAAAGAAAAAAAAUCAACAUGGUGCUGGGGAAGGUGAAGAGUUUGACGAUAAGCUUCGACUGUCUUAAUGACAGUAAUGUCCCCGUCUAUUCUAGCGGGGACACUGUCUCAGGAAGGGUGAAUUUAGAAGUGACUGGGGAAAUUAGGGUCAAAUCGCUUAAAAUCCAUGCAAGAGGACAUGCAAAAGUGCGCUGGACGGAAUCGAGAAAUGCUGGAUCCAACACUGCCUAUACACAGAAUUACACGGAAGAAGUAGAAUAUUUCAACCACAAGGAUAUCUUAAUUGGGCACGAAAGGGAUGAUGAUAAUUCCGAAGAAGGCCUCCACAUAAUUCAUUCAGGACGGCACGAAUAUGCAUUCAGUUUUGAGCUUCCACAGACACCACUUGCUACCUCAUUUGAAGGCAGACAUGGCAGUGUGCGCUAUUGGGUGAAAGCAGAAUUGCACAGGCCUUGGCUUCUACCAGUAAAAUUAAAGAAGGAAUUUACAGUCUUUGAACAUAUAGAUAUCAACACUCCUUCAUUACUGUCACCCCAAGCAGGCACAAAAGAAAAGACUCUCUGUUGCUGGUUUUGUACCUCAGGCCCAAUAUCCUUAAGUGCCAAAAUUGAAAGGAAGGGCUAUACCCCAGGUGAAUCAAUUCAUAUCUUUGCGGAGAUUGAGAACUGCUCUUCCCGGAUGGUGGUGCCAAAGGCUGCCAUUUAUCAAACACAGGCAUUUUAUGCCAAAGGGAAAAUGAAGGAAGUGAAGCAGCUGGUUGCGAACUUGCGUGGGGAAUCCUUGUCAUCAGGGAAGACUGAAACCUGGAAUGGCAAACAGUUAAAAAUUCCACCCGUCUCCCCUUCAAUUCUCGACUGUAGCAUAAUCCGUGUGGAAUAUUCACUAAUGGUAUAUGUGGAUAUUCCAGGUGCAAUGGACUUGUUUCUUAAUUUACCACUUGUAAUUGGUACUAUUCCUUUACAUCCCUUUGGCAGCAGAACAUCGAGUGUGAGCAGUCAAUGUAGCAUGAAUAUGAAUUGGCUUGGUCUGACACUGCCUGAAAGACCAGAAGCACCUCCUAGCUAUGCAGAAGUGGUCACUGAGGAGCAGAGACAGUCCAACUUAGCUCCUGUAGCUGCUUGUGAUGACUUUGAAAGAGCACUUCAAGGACCAUUAUUCGCCUACAUCCAGGAGUUCCGAUUCCUGCCUCCUCCACUUUAUUCAGAGAUUGACCCAAACCCAGAUCAGCCUUCAGAUGACAGACCAUCCUGCCCCUCCCGCUGAAGGAAUGCUUCCUAAGAAGAGUUGACUUGGGUCAGAAUUGUAUUUUCACAGUGAUGGGAAUAAAGUUGUCCCACAGAGAGACACACCUUAAAAGGAAGUUGUUGCCUGAAGAAAAAGGUGAAAUAAUGAAACAACCUGUGAUAAUGCUUUUGAAGCCUACAGCAAACAUCAUAGGACUGCUCUUCAUGCUUGAAGACCUGAGCUUUCCCUCCGUUUAUACCGGCACAUGCUAAGAGCAGCCUUAAUAGCCUACACUCGUGUGUCAAAACACUCAUUGUGUUGCAAGAGGGGUGAUUUCCUCUUUUGAUUUGAAAAUUUGCACAUGCUCAAUGCUUUUGUUGUGCGGUUCAGUGUCACUACAGCUUUUUCUCAUUUAUGUUGGACUGUUAUUAACCCCUUCUGACUUGUUUGUGGUCCGCACAACAAGGAGCAAAAGAAAGCUUUGAAAACUUUGAUGACAAAUGCACUGAUUUUUUUUUUAUUUAGAAAACAAACAAUAAAGAGUCUGGACUUUUUCUGCAUAUACAUAUGCUCAGAAUUGUCCCAGUAAAACUGAUCCAUAUAUCACCUCUUCAGCUUGGAUCCUGUUGUGGAUUUAUUACAAACAUCAAAUGCCUUCAAGCCAAUCCUAGCUGUAUGUUUUGCAGCCUACUGUAGUAGACAAGCAACAGAUAUACGGGGCAAAAAAUAACAGAAGGAAACUAAUAGGAGUCUCAGUCAAGAUUGUAUACAUUCUUGAUUCCUUUUUAAGAAUUUGUUGCCUUUCUACUAUUACUGCAAAGAAGAAUUUUGUUACAGACUGCCUAAAAUCACUUAAUCUCAGGUGAACUCAUCACUUGCCAAAAUGUUGAAAUGCUAUUUGUUUAUGUUGCACUGUUGAAUUUUGUUUUUGUUUUUUCCUUUUCCUGUUUUUGUUACAUGGCUUGUUUUAGUUGGAAAAGGGUGACUUGGGAAAGGGACAUACACAAAUGAAUGCAUCUUCAUUUCUUAUUGUCUUUCCAAACAUUAGAACAGCCACAGGGAGGUAACACGCAGCAAAUAUGUCAGUUAAGAGUUACUGAGGAAAAGUUGUGUAUUAGUCAUAUAGUCUUAGGACAGGGGUUUCUCAAGUCAUUGGGGUAGGAAAAGUGAACUAAUUUUUAUAAGUACUUAUUCCAUGACUGUACAUGUGCAUGAAGUAGCAUUUUCAGAAAUAUUUUCCACUAAGUACCACUUGGAAUGUGUUCUCUCAAAGACUAAAGAAAUACUGAGUGAAAUUAGUAGCCAGCUAAUUGGCACAAAAUUGCUUUGAGUAUAUAAUCUUGAGUGCGGGUUCAGCACAGAUUACCAAGGGUCAGUUGGUGAAUAAUGUGUUUGAAGCCCUCAAAUGCUGGUUUAUCAGCAUAAAAGAUGUACAUUAACGCACAACUGUCCUUUUCCGAAAGAAACUCAUAGCUGAUUUUUACCAAAACCACCCAUCCUUGUUCCAAAUGGCAACAGUGUAGCUGUUGUACUGAUUAAUCCUGUGUUUUACAGCCUGACUGGUUUAAGGUUUGCUUUCUCCUAGGUAAAACUCCACUGAUUCACAUCUGUCUUGCUGUUGAGGCUUUGUAACAGGAUAGGCUUUUCCAUAAGUGGCCUUUAAGAAAACAUGGACAAGAAUUCAUGUUUGAACAAUAACAGGGUGAAAAAUAAACAGUAUAAAAACGAGUCACGUUUUAUGUGAUUCUGUUAUAAAGAGUUUCGCCUUCAGCAAGCAGACUUUAUGUACUCGAUAAUAAAAUAAUUGAGUGAUGGAACUUACGUUUUAAUUUUGCUAAGCAAUUUUGUGAAUGUCCCUCUUCCACAGAAGAUUUAAUUUAAAAUGUGGGAAUGUGGCAUAAAAGGGCAUUUGGUGAUUCUAUUUGGGGGGGGGGUUGUUUUGUUUUUUGGGGUUUUUUGGUGGGAAGGGCUUAGUUUUUGUUUCAAGCAACUAGGGAACAAUUGCUGUUGCAUAGCAUUACAUUUAUCACCAUAUGAUGGAUGUUUCCAAAUGAAGUGGGAUUGACCAAUAUUGCAGUAAUUGGCAUUGCCUCACAUUUUGUGAGCUGGUUAAAAAUGUAAACACUAUUAAACAUUUUUUUUAAAAAAAUCUAUUCUGUGGCAUUACUGUUAUUUCUGAUUUCAUAAAAUAUUGGUCAGUUUCUGGACAUUGUAAAAUAAAAGGUUCAGAAAUACUAGUCCAGUACUUAAAAUAUCUCUUGUUUUUUUUAAAAAAAGGGGGGUAGAAAUGAGUAAAAUCCAAAAUGUUAGAAAAAAACAACAAAGUGCAAUAUUUAAUGUUUGCUUUAUAGGUUAUAUUCAGUAGCUGUUUGUAUUAUAUUUUCUUUUUUAUUUUCUUUUUUUCAGUUUGGUGCUGAAUAUGUCCUUGUAGACUCUUGUUUCAAAAAAAAAAAAACGUGGAAAACAAUUU